AUGCCUUUGGCAUGUUUCGAUAUAGUAAUAAAUAGAUGGUGGUUAUGUUGGGUCACACAAUCCAUCUCUCAUUCAGUCACAAAAUGGAAGGGAUGGAAGGGAUUCAUCUCAACUUUUUUUAGUGCCUAUCCGAUUACUCUCUCAUUUUGCCCAAUGCUUGAAGCUUUCUCGGCUUUUACCUCCCUCCCCCUCUUCCCCCUCAAUUCAUUUUCCCGCACAUUCAGCCAGUCAGUCUCCCUCCCAUGUUUGGCAGCGCACUCUCCUUUCAAUUUUUUCCAUUCCAUUCGCUCCGCUCAUUUUCUAUUUUUUUUUCUACUACUUUUUAUAAACCAACUGCUCAUUCAUCCCCCCUUAAACAUUCUCAUCAGUGCCAAAAAAGCUUUUCAGCGAUAGCAGUCAGUAGUUGAUGUUGGGAAGGUUUGCCAACAUAAAAUAUCUCUCUCUCCCUUUUGCCAAUAAAUAUACAUAUAAAUGGUGGCAAGCCGCCUUUGGCACACAAUUUUCUGUUAUUUAGUUGAUGUCUGCUCUGAUGUGAGUGACACAAGCGAUAGCUAAAAGGAAUAAGAAUAUUUUAGGGCGGAGGCUUGAAUAAAGCAGUCAGCCGUUGUUUGGCGCAUUUUGUCCCGUUGAACGAAGCCUUAGACCUCUAGGCCUCAACAUUUUCCUUUCAUUCUUGUUUGAGUGAUGGCGACGGCUGCCUGGCUGCCAUUUUCUUUCUUUCAUUUUUUUUUUGAGAUCGUUUAUUUAUUCAAUCUAAAAUUACUACUAUAUUUUAUUCGGGCAAAAAUGGAAAUUUUUAAUGACACACAGUAAACCUCUGACAGAAUAUAUUCAUUUUAAUUCUUCCAAUCAGUUUAUUUUCUACUGAUCUACUGCAUUGCAAGCAUCCGUAAGACUACUUAAAUAAUUAGUAAGACCACUUAAAGUCGAAUCAGGUCAUUUUUGGUAUAAUUGGCCUUAUCCCGUUGAGCUGCAGUUAGUGGGGAAUCAACGUCAUUGGGGGUUUAUGCUUAGUUGUGGGGUUGGCGUUAGGCAGGGGUUUGAGUUACCAAUAAAGAUAGUGCGUUUCCUUAUU